UUUCGAGAUCUCGCGGGAUACAGAACGUGCGACAUUCGAUUUAUCGGAUGGUGUUGUAGUAUUUCAGUUUUGCUCAAUUCCAUUGCUAUUUACGGUUUGAAGUACCGGUAGGCUAUGAAACGUAGACCAUGUCAUAGUUAGGACCGCAUCAAAUAUCAUGACCAUGGAAUUUGGUGCAUCAUCCAAUGGUAAUGAUGACAAUCCUUCUGGUGAGAAUGCAGGGCAUUAUGCACGAAUCAAAGAGUUGGCUGCCUCCUAUCGCAGGGAAAAGAGGAAAACCUAUCCUAAAAAGAACUUAAAGCCAUAUGUGAAGGCUCCAUCCAGGGACAUCAAUGGUGCUAUAGAUGGUCCAUCAGUUCCCAGAAGAGAAAGAAGAGGGAAGAAAACCUCAACGACAGAGAAACUAAAGGACUUUCCUGAGGAAUUGAAACCAAGUAAUCAUGAAGUAGAAAUCGAUGCACCUUUCGAUUUCAAGUGUUCCAGCAAGUGAGAGCUGAACUUAUGGAGCUUCUGAAUGGGAUUCGGGCUUCCAAUAGUACUGAAGUGCCAGGCACUGAAUCUGAAUGGAAGAAAAGGCAUUUUGUUGCGCAUGCUGACUGGAAGCAAAGACAAGAGGAGAGUUGGGAGGAGGUGUGGGAGCCAGUAUUGAGGUCAAUACUUAGGAAAAUGGGAAAACAUAGUUCAUCAUGUGCAGUUUGUGUCUCAUGUGCGUCGUCAGCUGUUAUCAGAUGCUUCAAAGAGUCGAAAGCGUCUUGAAAAGGAGAGAAAGCAACUUCAGCAUUGUGUUAGUCUGCUGUCAUGUUUCUGUGGACGAAGUCACGCAAGAGGACUAUUUGUUGCCUUGGCAUAAUCCUGCAGGGAACAAGGGAGAAACAUUUGCUUUGAAGAAGAAAAUAGUUGAUAUACAUGAACACAUGACCAGGUACAUCGAGGAAUUGCCUGUGCUCAUUCAAGAGAUGGUAUCAACUGUUCUUUUCUUCAAGAAAAAAAUCAACACCUUGGAAGACAGAAUCAACACCGUGAACAAUGAGGCCAUCAAAAACCAAGAAAACCAUGGAUUGGUGAUGUUGCUGCUGGAAUCAAAGGAAUUCUACACAGACCUUCUCCUAGAAGCAACAGAUGUAUUUGAAUGUAUAGACACUGACAUAGAGAUCGUGGUGUAUUUUGAGGAAGGGGAGGUGCAACCUGGUGGUGAAGAAUUAAAUUCGGAGGAGGAUGCGUCCAGCUCUGAGGAGGAGGAUUGUGAUGACAUUGGCAUUGAGUACGUGUAAUUAACCCUUUGAAGCCGGAUUUAUUUCAGAAAUCCCGAUCUUUUUCGACUU